AUGUCAAUCACCUAUUCCUUUAAUGGAUUGGGUCUCUCCAUAGUCAAAGUAGCUGCAGGAGGCGAGGCAAGUGGGACGUCGACGACAGUGUCAGAGGCGCAGAGGUUGUGGAGAAUUUUCCAAGCAAUUGGCGACAUUGCUUUUGCCUACACCUACUCCACUGUCCUCAUUGAGAUUCAGGACACCCUGAAAUCGAGCCCCGCGGAGAAUAAAACAAUGAAACGGGCGAGUUUUGAGGGCAUAUCAACUACAACAAUUUUCUACCUCCUCUGCGGCUGUGUCGGCUACGCGGCGUUUGGAGAACACGCGCCUGGCGACUUACUCUCCGGCUCCGGAUUCUACCAACCGUUGUGGCUGCUCAACGUGGCCAACGUCUGCGUGGCUAUCCACCUCAUCGGCGCCUACCAAGUGUUUGCGCAACCGAUUUUUAGCUUCGUGGAGACGAGCUGUCGUCAGAGGUGGCCAGAGGUCAAGUUCGUGACGACGGACCACCAGAUCACCAUUCCAUUCCUAGGUGGCACGAGCUUCCACGUCAAUUGGUUCAGAUUGACUUGGAGGUCUGCGUACGUGGCAGUGACGACAGUCUUGGCCAUGCUCCUCCCGUUCUUCAAUGUCAUUCUCAGCCUUAUCGGGGCAGCCUCCUUUUGGCCUCUGACCGUCUACCUUCCGGUCGAGAUGUACAUCGCUCGAGCGAAGUUUCCAAAGUUCUCCGUCUCCUCGAUGUGCCUGCAGGCGUUGAGCUUCAUCUGUUUGCUAGUUUCACUCGUCGCCGCUGCGGGAUCAGUGGAAGGUCUGAUCCAGUCUCUCAAAACGUACCACCCUUUCAAGAAUGAAGCAUAG